CUCGUUGACCUCGCAACUCACCGUCCGCGACGAGCGCAUCUGCCCCCGACACCCGCCUUUCGCACUCUCCCCGCCAACGUCGCGCGUCCUCACAAUGGGCCUUGCCGAGCACACGAGCAGGGUUGUCGCCCAGUUCGACUUUUCGGACGAGGAGCUCAACCGCCAUGUCGACGAGUUUCUGAAGCAAGCCAACGCGGGAUUAAAGCAGGAUGGAACCAGCCUCAGCCAGAUCCCCUCAUACGUGACCGCCGUACCCAACGGCACAGAGAAGGGCAUUUAUCUUGCUGUAGACCUGGGCGGCACCAAUUUCCGCGUCUGCUCCGUCUCACUAAACGGCGACAGCACCUUCAACCUGGUGUACAACAAAGUGGCUAUCCCAAAGAACCUUAUGGUCGCCAAGACAGCGAGAGAUCUUUUUGCCUUCCUUGCGAAGCAGAUCGAGCUCUUCCUUCGAGAGCACCACCGGGAUCACUUUGAAAGCGCCGCCCACCGCCGCAGCACCAUGAGCUUCCCAGAGGGCUACCGCGAUGAGCAAAUAUUCCGCCUCGGCUUCACAUUCAGCUUCCCAGUACAGCAGCUCGGCAUCAACAAGGGUAAGCUCAUUCGGUGGACCAAGGGCUUUGACAUUCCAGAUGCGGUUGGCAAGGAUGUCUGCAAGCUCCUCCAAGACGAGAUUGACCGGCUCGGUCUUCCGGUCAAGGUGGCUGCCUUGGUCAACGAUACCGUCGGCACGCUCAUGGCGCGCUCGUACACCUCGGCCGGAAAGCAUCGCUCUCUUCUCGGCGCCAUCUUUGGCACCGGAACCAACGGCGCCUACAUUGAGAAGACGGCGAGCAUCACCAAGCCCAUCCCGGGCGAGUACGACAAGUCGACCGGUGAAAUGGUCAUCAACACCGAGUGGGGCUCAUUCGACAACGAGCUCAACGUUCUCCCGUCGACCGUCUGGGAUCAGACGCUCGACCGGGAGAGUGUCAACCCGGGCAUCCAGAUGUACGAGAAGCGUGUGUCUGGCAUGUUCCUGGGCGAGAUUGUGCGACUGGCCAUCAACGACAUGAUGAAGGACGACGAGGCGUCCCUCUUCCGCGAUACGAACUCCAGCUACAACGACUGGUCAACGACGACCAACGUCAGCCCCCAGUCCGGGCUCCUGUCUCAGUGGGGACUGGACACUGCCGUGCUGUCCGUGGCUGCCGCCGACAACACGCCAGAGCUGUCAACCAUCCGACAAGAGCUGGAGAACACGCUCCAGGUGUACACGCCCUCGCUGGAGGAUGCACAGGCAUUCAAGGCCGUCGCCGGCGCUGUUGUCCGCAGAGCGGCCAGGCUUGCGGCCGUCGCCAUUGGCGCCAUUGUCCUCCAGUCCGGAAAGCUGGACGACCCCGAAGAGGAGCUCAUCGACAUUGGCGUCGACGGCAGCCUGGUCGAGCACUACCCCUUCUUCCGGGACAUGAUCUACGAGGCCCUGCGCGCCAUUGAGGGCAUCGGCCCCAGCGGCGCGGACAAGAUUCGCAUCGGCAUCGCCAAGGACGGCAGCGGCGUCGGCGCCGCCCUGAUUGCCCUGAUAGCCCAGAAGAUGGAGAAGCCCGGCGACUUCCUUGCCGACCUGCGACGGGACAUUCGACGAAGACUGUCUCUGCCUUUCGAAAAUGCUGGUAUGUUGCCUCUGCAGAACCACUCAACCCCCGCUUUCUGCUUUCUCUGCAGUGUUUCUCUAGCCCCGUCUCUUCUUGCUUAA